AGUCUCCUCUCUGAGUUGUGAAGUCACUCCCUGCUUCUUGCAGGUUGUCUGUACUUGUUUCUCAAAGCUUUUUUAAGUACACUUUUCUUUGCUCUCAGCUCGAGCUGUCAACGUCCAUGUUCCAGUCUUUAGCAUUCCUUUGCACCGUUCACACCUUUUUAUCUUCUGCUGGCAGCCCCCGUUGAUUUAAAAAAAAAAGUGACAAAAUGGCCUCCUUCCCCCAUCAUGUGUUUAUGUCAGCAGUCUAAAGCAGCAUGGCGAUGUUCAAACGUUGUUGAUAGUGACAGGUGUGAGCUGUCGAGGGAACACCUCCACAUACUUGCCUUUUUUUUAUUAUUAUUUUUUUUUUAUAAAGGUGACAGAGCCCCCUCCUGUGAUCGCUCGUUCUGGAGGUGUACAACAUCGCUGUAAAUGAGAAAUUUGUAAAUCUGCUUAUUUUUGUUUCGCAAAGUGAUUCAUCUGUGCGGUGGGGUUUUCCCAUGGAACCCAAGAUCUGGGAAGUUUAUGAUCCUCCAGUAGACUGUCACCAUCUUAGAAUGCAUCAGAAAAAGCUCACCCUGAAAAAUUCAGAAUAUUUUUCCUUCUCAAUCUCCUUAGAGAUGUGCAAUUUUACAUAAUGUCUCAUUAUAUGGGAGUUUCUGGUUUUAUGGCUUUCAUGCAUAAUUUGUAUAGCAAAACAGCUAACAUAACAUAAUGCCACGUGUGUAUUUUGUGUUGUAGGCCAUUACCCUGACUCCAGGAAUGCAAAAGGAUUCCCAUCGCUGGCUUGCUGAGGUUAAGACAAAGCUCCAGUGGCUGUGCGAGGAGGUGCAUGAGCGUGAAUCCAGUGAGAGGAGGUUAAGGAGGACACUGCAGCAGCACAAGGAGCAGAUGAAAGCACUGAAGCAAAGCAAGACUCAGAACUGAAGAGCCUCCUGAACCGCAUUACCCUGCAGGAUCGGCUCCUCAAAGACAUCCAAUCAGAGAAAAGAGGUCUUCUUGAAAAUGGUCGCAAGAAAGAAGAAGAGAUGAGAAAUCUUCAGGGCCGAGUUGUAGAUCUUGAAAUGAGUACAAGGCUGGCCUUGGAUCAUCUGGAGUCAGUUCCUGAGAAACUCAGUCUGCUGGAAAACUUCAAGGAUUUUGAGGAGUCACAGAGGCAGAGAGAAAUGAUGGAACAACGUUAUGCCAAAUAUAAGGAGAUAGUUGGGGACCUCCAGCAUCAGCUUGAGGAAUCCAAGAGGAGGAUUCAGGAAUACAGGGAUGAGAAGUUGGAUGCUACCUGUCGGAGUCUCCAGCUGACUGGUCUCACAUCAUCUCUGCUCAGUCAGAGCAACUUUCUGACUAGAUCCUCUCUGUCUACCCAUACCUCGCCACAGAAACCUCUUGCAGUCCAAGAUAUGGAAUCCAGUCUGACCCAAGAGCACUUUUCUACCAUCAAUGGAGCAAGCUCUGAACACACAAGCAUGUAGUGCUGUUCUCUACAGCUGGAAACUUUUGGCAGUAAU